AUGGAGCUUCACGAGCAGAACGAAGCACAGCAACAGUGGCUUAUCAGUUCCGUCAAACCAGUUAAGCCAGUUUGUGUGCGUAUUUCGCGAUGGACGUUGUGGCAACUGUGCAUCGUCGUUAUUGGUGUGCUACUGCUUGGUGGCACCUCAACCAGCGGCUCCAGUCAACGGCGGCUCGUCUGUUACUUCACCAACUGGUCACCGAACCGUCCGGCUGAGUUUGCCUAUGCUAUUGAAGACAUACCAUUAGAUCUGUGCACACACGUGACGUACUAUGCCGCUGGAGUGGAUGCACAAAACUACGAGCUCAAGACGGGUAACGCAGGAUACGACAUACUGCAGGAUGGGUUCAAGAAGUUUGGCGACCUCAAACGAAUCAAACCAAACCUGAGGCUUUCGUUGACCGUUGCUUGUGAAGAAUCUGCCUGUGGUCCAUUCGAAAUGAUGGCUGCAUCGCUGAUCCGACGUCAAAAGUUCAUCACAAGCACGAUGCAGUUUAUGAAACGGUAUGGCUUCGAUGGAAUCGAAAUUGGAUGGAUCUGGCCUGGCGAAGGACCGGAACGCGGCGCUGAUAAGGACAAUUUGUACCAUCUGAUUAAUGAGCUGAAGCGAAGCUUCAAGGAGGCAGGAUUUGGCUGGGAAGUGGCCGUCUUUGUCCCGAUGAAACGCAGUAAAAUCGAGCAGGGUUUCCAUCAGCAACUAAUAUGCCAAGCUGCCGAUUAUGUCCAUCUGACCGGCUACGAGAUUCGCGAGGACUGCAAAACGUUCGCUGAUGUCCACAGUCCGAUGAACAAUCGGGCCUUCGAUCAAGGCGAGUUCCUUGAUGCCAACGUAAAGGGAGGAGUCCAGCACUGGAUCGCUGCUGGAUGUCCUGCGGAGAAGAUUGUAUUAGAAGUCGCAAUGUACGGUCGAUCGUACACGCUGGCCAAUGAAACGGACCACAAAGUAGGGGCUCCGAUUACGGGGCCUGGCGAUAGGGGCCAGUACACUGGCACUUCCAAAUACAAGGCCUACUUUGAGAUUUGCACCGAUUUUAAGAGCCCCGGUUGGACGGUUGAUUGGGAUGUACAGGGCAUGUGUCCUUACGCGUACAAUGGUAACCAGUGGGUUGGGUUCGAAAACGAAAACUCUGUCACGGAGAAGGCAGUGUACGCGGCCACGACCGGCCUAGCAGGUAUCUACGCUUAUCCGAUCGAUGUCGAUGAUUAUAAGGGCGUCUGUGGUAAGAAGUAUCCGCUGCUGAAUGCACUUCGGGACGCUUAUCAGCCGUCGAUAGAGUCAGCGGUCUCAGUGGUCGAGGAAGAAGAUGAUAGCACAAGUCUGACGACGACGAAGAUCGGGAAUAUUAUCAUGGAACUCCAUGAGCAGAACGAAGCACAGCAACAGUGGCUCAUCAGUUCCGUCAAACCAGUUAAGCCAGUUUACGUGCGUACCGCGAUCGCCUCGCGAUGGUCGUUGUGGCGACUGUGUGUCGUUGUCAUCGGUGUGCUACUGCUUGGUGGCACCACGGCUAGCAGCUCUCGGCGACGGAGACUCGUCUGUUACUUCACCAACUGGUCACCGAACCGACCGGCUGAGUUCGCCUACGGAAUCGACGACAUACCGGCCGAGCUGUGUACACACGUGACGUACUAUACCGCUGGCGUGGAUGCGCAGAACUACGAGCUCAAGACGGACAACGCACGGUAUGAUAUACUGCAGGAUGGGUUCAAGAAGUUUGCCAACCUUAAACGCACCCAACCGGACUUGCGGCUUUCGCUGGCCGUUGCGUGCGAAGGGGCUGCCUGUGGUCCAUUCGAAAUGAUGGCUUCAUCGUUGAUCCGACGCCAAAAGUUCAUCACGAGCGCGAUGCAGUUUAUGCAACGUUAUGGCUUCGAUGGAAUCGAAAUUGGAUGGAUCUGGCCUGGCGAAGGACCGGAACGCAGCGCUGAUAAAGACAAUUUGUACCAUCUGAUAAAUGAGCUGAAGCGAAGCUUCAAAGAAGCAGGCCAUGGUUGGGAAGUGGCCGUGUUUGUCCCCAUGAAACGAAACAAGAUCGAACAGGGCUUCCAUCAGCAGCUGAUAUGCCAGGCCGCUGAUUACGUCCAUCUGACCGGUUACGACAUCCGAGGGAACUGGAACACGUUCGCUGAUGUUCAUAGCCCGAUGAACAAUCGGGCCUUCGAUCAAGGCGAGUUCCUUGAUGCCAACGUAAAGGGAGGAGUCCAGCACUGGAUCGCUGCCGGAUGUCCUGCGGAAAAGAUCGUCCUGGAGGUUGCAAUGUACGGUCGAUCGUACACGCUGGCCAAUGAAACGGACCACGAUUUAGCGGCUCCAGUAACGGGUCCCGGCCAAAACGGUCAAUACACCGGAAGUUCUAACUACAAAGCCUACUUUGAGAUUUGCAACGAACUGAAGAACCCAGGUUGGACGAUCGAUUGGGAUGUACAGGGCAUGUGUCCUUACGCGUACAAUGGUAACCAGUGGGUUGGGUUCGAGAACGAAAACUCCGUAACGGAGAAGGCAGUGUAUGCGGCCACGGCAGGACUGGCCGGUCUCUAUGCUUAUCCUAUCGAUGUUGACGAUUAUAAAGGUGUUUGCGGUAAGAAGUAUCCGCUGCUGAAUGCACUCCGAGAUGCCUAUAAACCUGAGAGGGCUCCAGUGAUAGGGGAAGAUGAUUUCAUGUUUGCCAUUUGGCGCUCCAGACGCGCUGCGCCAACAAUAAUAAACGCUUAA